ACUGGAGAACGCUGCAAUAAAAACUCACACACUGUUGCUUCCCUGCCGUCAUUUACAACAACAGUGCUGACUUUGGAUCUUUAACAUUACACCAUGUGUAAAGGACUUGCAACGCUCCCUGCAACAUGCUUGAAAAGCGCCAAAGACAUCAAGCACAAAAUAAGCUUCUUACUGCAGAAGCCUGAACCCCAAACGGCAGAUCAGAAGCAGGUGAAAGAGAAGACUGCCGCCGCCGCAAAGAGGGUGCCUACUGCAGCUGAGGUGGAGAAAUGGAAGGAGUCUUUCUCCCACGUGAUGACCAGCGAAACGGGUCGUACCGUCUUCACCAGCUUCCUGAGGUCAGAGUUCAGCGAGGAGAACAUGGACUUCUGGGUCGCCUGUGAAGACUACAAAAAGACUGCACCUUCCAAGCUGGCGACCAGAGCCAAGCAGAUCUACCAGCAAUACGUUGAAGCAGAUGCUCCUAAUGAGGUCAACUUAGACGCAGCGACCAGAGAAGAAACGAGGCAGAACGUGACGAACGCCUGCCCUUCUUGUUUCACUGAAGCCCAGAAGAUGAUCUACACUUUGAUGGAGAAAGACUCCUAUCGGCGCUUCCUCAACUCCAAGCUGAUCCAGAAUCUGUGUCAGACACAGACCGCCGCUGCUGAGGAGCAGAAGGAGAAGAAAAACCGUGGUUGUGCUGAGAACAGGCAGGUGUUAACUGGUGGCGCCUAAACAGCAAUCCAACAGGGCAGACUAGAAGAAUGUGCCAAAGACUGACGAUGUACGAGAAGGUGGAUACUGCUAAAGAUCGGUUCGUUUCUGUGUCCAGUGUUUAUAGACAAAAAAAAAAGCAGUGGUUUGACUUAAAGGUUAAUGUGACACGUGCUCAAGACUUUAUUUCUUUUUUAAUAUUUUUACUUGUUAAUUCCUUGAAGUCUUUGGUAUUCCUUUAAGGUUUGAAGUGUCUGUUCUGUAUCCAGUUGUGCAUGUACCAGAGAAAGACUUCAAUAUUUCUACUUCUGCAUUCACCAUCAGCUGUCAGGUGCUUUUCCAUAUCACAAAGGUUGAUAGUGACUGAUUAAAUAUGAACACUGUAUUGCAACAUACAUGUAUACAGAGAAAGUUUACAUGUUUGCGUUAUGAAGCUCAGCUUUGGAUUUUGGUUUCACAGCAAAACAUGACCUGCUCUCCAAGUCGUGGUCAGGUUAUACUGCGACAGAAAACAAUCGACAGCUACCUCCAUCGAACAGACACACCUUCAGACAAUCCUGCUGCCAGUGGAGCGUGUUGUCAGUGGAGCAUGUGAAGGAUUUGUAUUAUUCUAGUCUUAACGAUGUAUUUAUUGUAAAUCUUUAAAGUAAUAUAUGACCCAGCUGAACUGUAACUGAUGAGAACACAGACAGCAAAAUCACUCAUUUAGUGAAAUUCAGUGAUAAGCCUUAUAAAAGUAAAGAUGGCUAUCAGUAUUAAAAACAUCAGUGAUUAAUAAGGAUGAUGAUCAUUACUCAACUGUAGGUGAGGGCAUGUUUUUUAUGUCCUGGGACUAUACUAAUGGAGUUGGCUGUCAACAGACCUUAGUUCAUGCCAGAAUGGUUAUUUUGCAUCAUAUUGACUUGAGCACAUACAGUGUAAUCUGAUUCACCCACUAGCUUUACAUUUGCUACAAGUUCUACUUGACUCACUUUCACACAACAGAUGGAUAAAAUUGAUGUCUAUGUUCUCAUGGCAGCCAGUAAGCAACCGCUACUGUAUCUCAAAGCUGAACCAUAGUAACAGCUGGCCGUGCAGGAUAAACAAGAUCUCUGCACCGUGCAAAUGUUCACUUUGUCUAGUACCAGUUGGAAUUUCACGCAUGUUUUAAUAUUGCAGUGUUGAUUGUCUGUUGCAUGUCAUAUAGUCACCAAACAGGAGGAGAGACGCUCAAAUCGUGACUCAGUUGAGUGAUUUCAGAGUUCUCCUGUAAGUCAAACUGUUCUGCGCAGAUGUUUAUUACUGCUGUUUGUGCAGGGGACUCAACAGUGUGUUCACUUUUAUUGAAUGUGUUUUUGUGGCCUUGCAUACUAAAACGUUCUACCAACAUGAAUACUGUGAUGGAUAGAAAACUAGAUGUCAUUGUCCUAUUUAUGUCAUGUCUAUGACUAAUCACUAAUAAAUGAA